AUGUCCUCACUAAUGAUACUGCAAUUUCUUAAUGUGGUGGUCUUAAUUUCUCCUGGCCUGUUAUGUUAUUCUUCUGAAAAUUUUACCAUCACAAGAGCGCAUCUUGACCUGUUUAUUGUACCGCCGUCCUUUUGCGGAAGUUACGUAAACAAGACGGUGAUGUGUCAGGAAUAUAAUGCUUUCCUAACGAAGAAAAAAAAUAAUUGUACAUGCAAAUGUGUCAGAAGAGCACCAACUUUUGGCUUCUUCAACAACACGUGGAAUUGUACUAAGAAUAACAUAGUCAGAAGCGUGUUAGGAAUUACAGAUCUCACCUUAAAAAGUGAAAAAAGACAGGAUUCAGUGAUCAAAGUCUUCAAGAAAGAUGUGUCAGUCGACAGUAUCUACGAGACAUGCGAUCAUCCUACUGUAGCGGUCAACGGUACAAGCUUACUGCGUUGUGAUGGUUUUUACCAGGAUCUUUCGAACAAAGAUUUCAAGUUUGCUCAGGAAAAUUCUACCGAACCUUGUAAGUUUGCCUACACGCCAUCAGCUAAAGGCGAGAACAUGAAAGGUCAUAUCAUAAGAAUCAAGUAUCAUAAAGGAAACGUUACACAGUGGUUUGGUGUUAAGAUUCAAGGUACAAUAAAAUGCUCUGUGACAAGUCCCCCGACUAUUACGACGCACUCUUUGCCAGUAGCAACAUCACUACCAAAACAACAAACAUCACCAAAAGUAACAUCACCACAGCAGACAUCAACAUCACCACAAGAAACAUCAACAUCAUCAUCAAAACAGACAUCAACACAACAAACAUCAUCAUCACAACAGACAUCAACAUCACCACCACAAACAACGACAUCACCAUCACAACAGACAUCAACAUCACCACCACAAACAACGACAUCACCAUCACAACAGACAACAUCACCACCACCAUCGUCACCAUCUAUUGGACAACCAUGGAUACCUGUUACUAGCACGCCAACACAUGCUGACCAACGUGAGACAGAUCAACAGGAAGGGAGCAAGCCUGACACUUUAACUGUGACCUCCGGCGUCGUGUCUGUCAUUCUUGUGCUGCUCAUCCUGGCCAUUAUAGUGGCUGCGUGGUACAGAAGAAGACGGCUUAAAAAUGGAGAUACUACAGGAGUAAGAAGUGAACAAUCUAGGGUUACUGGGAUGACAAAUGAUACGAUUCCACGUGACGAUAACGACUACGCCUUUCCCUUGCCAACAAUCGAGAAGAGCCAAAGAGAGCCCGUUGAAGGCGUUUAUAGCGAGCCUUACAGCGAUAACAGGAAUGCGCAAAUCCGGCAAAACUUGCAAUCAAGGAAAACACAACCUGGUCAAAAAAAUGGGGUUUAUGAACAAGCAUAUAAUGAAGAGGAUCAUAAUGUGCAACCCGCAGAUUUCCCUGGCUACGUGGUCCUUGAAGGACCGGAUUCUGAAGCUUUUCCUGAUGAGCAACCCACCGAUGCACCUGUCUAUGGGGUCCUUGAGAGCCCUGUAUAUGAAGGCACUUAUGGAAGGCAACCCAUCGACGGCCCUGUUUAUGGUGUCCUCGAGGGCCCUGAAUAUGAAGGCACUUACGGAGGGCAGCCCACCGACGACCCUGUCUAUGAUGUCCUCGAGGGCCCUGAAUAUGAAGGCACUUACGGAGGGCAACCCAUCGACGGACCUGUCUAUGGUGUCCUCGAGGGCCCUGAAUAUGAAGGCACUUACGGAGGGCAGCCCACCGACGGCCCUGUCUAUGGUGUCCUCGAGGGCCCUGAAUAUGAAGGCACUUACGGAGGGCAGCCCACCGACGGCCCUGUCUAUGGUGUCCUCGAGGGCCCUGAAUAUGAAGGCACUUACGGAGGGCAGCCCACCGACGGCCCUGUCUAUGGUGUCCUCGAGGGCCCUGAAUAUAAAGGCACUUACAGAGGGCAACCCACCGACGGCCCUGUCUAUGGUGUCCUCGAGGGCCCUGAAUAUGAAGGCACUUACGGAGGGCAGCCCACCGACGACCCUGUCUAUGAUGUCCUCGAGGGCCCUGAAUAUAAAGGCACUUACAGAGGGCAACCCACCGACGGCCCUGUCUAUGGUGUGCUUGAGGAACCAGACUCUGUGAGCCUAGAUAUGAUAGAACAGAGAUCGCCUGAGGUGAUGGAUAGUCCAGGAGCGACUGCGACGUAUGAAAGCCUAGUAAACCCAGCGAAUCCAGUCUAUGGGUCACUUAUCGAAAAUGCCUCAAAUUGCUAGCAGAUCCAGCCCGUAUGCUUUAGCUUCAAACGUGAAUUCCUUUUUAAUUCCACAUGAAACAGCCUAUUUAGAAAUAUUCUUUGCAUGAAGUUCGUACACUACAGCGUUACCUUUUAGACCAGCAACUUUAAACUGUAUAAUGUGAAUUUAUCUGUACUAUUAUAAGCUCUAAGUCUGUCGGACAAACGGUUUUGAUUGGCUGAGCAGUAGUAUGACGUCAUCAACCUGAAAGACCAAAGAUUUUCAAUCUGUGCCCAUCCGUGUUAUGUGACAUAUCGUGACAGACAAUGAUCAGCUCAGUACCAAGCAUGCGCUCAUCUUUCAAUUGUCCAUCUACCGAAGCAGAAAGGUUUUUUCGUUAUUUACGUUUUUGUGGAGUAGCAAAGAUUUAGUUUUUUUGUAUUCAAAACUUGUAAGAGGCAUUUUUAAAGCAAACAAUUUGCGAAUUACCAGUUAGGUAAGAUCUGAAACAAUUCAUCGCGAUUGGAAUCUGCAUUAAAGUUAUAUCUGAAAUACAACACAAUAUAUCUAGCCGCUUUUAGUAUAUAUGAAAGAUCAACUGUUUCACAGGUGAACGAAAAUCUUCUUCAUAGACCUCUUGACCUCAAUAAAUCAUAUUGACAGAUCUCUAAAACAGUUGGCUAAAGUGCCAAUGAUCAAAAUAUUAAGACUUAGUUAAAUAGCUCUAUAAUGCGUCUCUGUUAGAUUUGAAAAAGUAACAAACUUCCUGCAGUCAACAUAACCAUUCACCAAUAAUUUUAUAGACCGGCAAUUUUAUAGAAACUCGAAAAGACGAUUCAGACCAUAUUGCUUGAAAAGCAAUGAUACUAGAAAAACAUUUUUACUACAGUUUAGAUUUACAAAAUAAUGCAAAUGUACCUAAUAAAACAUAGAUUAAUGGUU